CGCUUCCUCUCUCCCCGGGUUCAGGGCACCCCGCCGAGUGUGCAUUGGGUGGGGGAGACGUGGAGAUUCAAAUUUGAGCAAACAAAUAAGUUCGGGGAACGCCUCCUCUCCGGUGUAAACUUGGGGCUCUAGACACACCCAUGAUCACCCUCCCCCCCAAAAAAAAGCCCAGGGAAAGGAGGUAGGGGGAGAAAGGGCAUCUCAUCUGAGAGCAGGCAGCAAAGGUCUCAGACUGAGGGGUAUAGUCUUGGUCGCCAGGUGGGGGAAGGGCCCCUGGCCCUCUCGCCAUGGAGGGCGGGGGAGCAUCUCUGGGCGCGAGGGAGUUAAGUCCAGUGGCCUCGAUGCUCCACGUAGUAGCUGGCUCAGGCCGCUGGCUGCGGUUAGGGCCACCGUAUAAAUAGGGCGGGAGACCCGAGCGCCCAGAACUUGCCGCUGCCCGCACCUGGCCGUCGCUGACCCUAGCCCGGGCUCCAGGCAUCCUGGCCAUGGCCCGCGCGAUGCUCUUACUCAGCCUCGGCAUUCUGGCCAGCCUUCUGCCGGCCCUGGAAGCCUGCCCCCAGAACUGCCACUGCCACGGAGACCUGCAGCAUGUCAUCUGUGACAAAGUGGGGUUGCAGAAGAUCCCCAAGGUGUCAGAGAAGACCAAGCUGCUCAACCUACAGCGCAACAACUUCCCGGUGUUGGCUGCUAACUCGUUUCGGGCCAUGCCGAACCUCGUGUCGCUGCACCUGCAGCACUGUCAGAUCCGCGAGGUAGCCGCCGGCGCCUUCCGCGGCCUCAAGCAGCUCAUCUACCUGUACCUGUCCCACAACGACAUCCGAGUGCUUCGUGCGGGCGCCUUCGACGACCUGACUGAGCUCACCUACCUCUACCUGGACCACAACAAGGUGACCGAGCUGCCCCGCGGGCUGCUGUCCCCUCUAGUCAACCUCUUUAUUUUGCAGCUCAACAAUAAUAAGAUCCGUGAGCUGCGCACAGGCGCCUUCCAGGGCGCCAAAGACCUGCGCUGGCUCUACCUGUCAGAAAAUGCGCUCAGUUCUCUGCAGCCCGGAGCUCUGGACGAUGUAGAGAACCUCGCCAAGUUCCAUCUGGACAAGAACCAGCUAUCCAGCUACCCCUCCGCCGCCCUGAGCAAGCUGCGGGUGGUGGAGGAGCUGAAGCUGUCCCACAAUCCCCUGAAGAGCAUCCCAGAAAACGCCUUCCAGUCUUUCGGCAGGUACCUGGAGACCCUCUGGCUGGACAACACCAAUUUGGAGAAGUUCUCAGAUGGUGCCUUCCUGGGUGUGACCACGCUGAAACAUGUCCAUUUGGAGAAUAAUCGACUGAACCAGCUGCCCUCCAACUUCCCUUUUGACAACCUGGAGACCCUCACCCUCACCAACAACCCUUGGAAAUGUACCUGCCAGCUUCGGGGUCUUCGGCGAUGGCUGGAAGCCAAGGCUUCUCGCCCAGAUGCCACCUGUGCCUCACCCGCCAAGUUCAAGGGCCAGCACAUCCGUGACACAGACGCCUUCCGCAGCUGCAAGUUCCCCACCAAGAGGUCCAAGAAAGCAGGCCGCCAUUAAACAGGUCCUGACUCAGCCAGUCCUGGUGACUGGCCUCUGCCUUCUGCCGGAGAGACUACUGACCUUCCCACCACCACCCGCUCCUCCCCUCAACCUCUGCUGAUGCACAGAGCUGCCCACAGCGACACACGUCCUGGCAGAGGGCCCUAGGCACUGUACCACCAACCCAGCUCCACCUGACAGAGUGCAAGGGAGGACCCAAAGCCCCUCUCAACCAUCACGGCUGGCCCUGUUGUGGCUCCUCUCAGAGAAGCUGGUGUCAACACCCCCGAGUCCAGCAGAACCAGAGCAGGGUGAUCAUCAGGAUGGUCACCCUCCCAGAACCAUCCUUCUUCUGUUCCCUCUCUCCCUGCCAUUUGGAAACAAAUAUCAGACCCUUAGCCCACCCCCUGCUUCCAGAAACGGUCUCAAGCCCUUCCUCCAACUCUGCCAGCCCCACCUGCCAGGACGCUCUCACAGGACACCAGUGCUUGGCUGCACAUCCUCCCCUGCUGCGUUUCUGCCCCAGAUUUCUAUAAGUAUAAAUUUAUGGAUGUAUAGUAUUUAC